AUGUUUAAACGAGUCAAUAUAAACAUCCCUUUUCUCGAAGCAAUCCAACAGAUACCUGCUUAUGCUAAAUUCUUGAAAGAUCUAUGCACACAAAGGAGAAAGCUUCAUAUGCAUAAGCAUGCCUUUCUUACUGAGCAGGUAAGUUCAAUCAUUCAAAACAAAACACCACCUAAGUUUAUAGACCCAGGUAGUCCAACUAUUUCAUGUACCAUAGGUGACCAUACAAUUUAUAGACCUUUGUUAGACUUAGGUGCAAGUGUGAACCUUUUUCCAUAUUCUGUGUAUGAGCAAUUAGGUCUUCGGGAGAUGAAACCCACUCAUGUUACGCUGCAAUUAGCGGACAAAUCUGUAAAAAUCCCUCGAGGUAUUGUUGAAGAUGUCUUAAUCAAGGUUGAAAUUUUUUAUUUCCACGUGGACUUCAUUGUCUUAGAUACUCAACCUAUGCAAAACCCAGAUUGUCACAUUCAUAUCAUUUUAGGACGUCCUUUCCUGGCGACGUCCAAUGCUAUUAUAAACUGUCGUAAUGGAACGUUGAAUUUAUCCCUUGGUAACAUGACUGUCGAACUAAAUUUUUUUAACAUUAGUCAACAACCCAUGGAUUGUGAUGAUACUGAACUGCAUGAGAUUAACGUGAUUGAGAGUCUGAUUCAAGACUCACUGCCUGACAUCUUAUCUGUGGACCCUUUGCAAGCAUGUUUAGAUAACUUUGACUUAGACCUUUUUGAUUCUGAGUACAUUAGUGAAGUUCACUCUUUGCUUGAAUCUGUGCCACCCAUGGACAUUGCUAAAUAG